GGUGGGAGGGGUUUGGUUUUGGGUGAAUAUUCCUCUGGAUUAGGUUGGAGGUACCAGCCCCCUUAAUCCCCAUCCUGUCUUCUUCUUCUUCUUCUUCUUCUUCUUUUAUAAAAAAGCGCAAAUACUGAUACUGAUGGCGGUUUCACUUUGUGAUACUUUUUUUUUCUUCUUCUUCUUUGCUUCCGCUCGGAUCCAACUGUGCUUUAGAAUUAGUUCUUUAUUAUUUUUUAAGGUUCUUUAUUAAUUACUUUUUAUUAAUUCAAUUGAUUAAAUUUCCCCCCUGCGAAGGAGAGAGAGAGAUCAAGAGGUCCUGGUUUUAAUUGGAGCAAUACUUUUUCACACAUAUCAGUACUGUUUCUCUCUCUUUAUCUAUCUGCCUGUCUAUCUGCCCCCAUCUUAUGCCAAAAAGAAAGGCCAUUUAUUACUCCCAACCAAUGCGACCACCCCCACACCCCCCCACCUUUAAACCCUUUAUAAACCCCCUCUCCCCCUAGUUUUCCGCAGGCCCCUUAGUUUAAUCAUAUACUCUCAGAGCGAUCGAGAGAGAGAGAGAGAGAGAGUGAGAGAGAACUAAGAGAGAUCUAAAGAGGGUAGGGUAUUGAGGAUGAGGAUGAGCGGAGUUAAUGGGGUGCGACUUCCGGCGGCAGUAAUGGUAAUGGCGACAAUUGCAGCUGUGUUAGUAGUACCAGAAGGAGUGGAGGCAGCAAGGGCAUUCUUCGUGUUCGGGGAUUCACUGGUGGACAGCGGCAACAACAACUACUUAGCCACCACCGCCCGCGCCGACUCCCCUCCCUACGGCAUCGACUAUCCUACCCAUCGCCCCACCGGCCGCUUCUCCAACGGCCUCAACAUCCCCGACAUUAUCAGUGAAAGAAUUGGAUCGGAGUUCACAUUGCCAUAUCUAAGUCCUGAGCUCAACGGUCAGAAACUUCUCGUCGGCGCCAACUUUGCUUCCGCCGGCAUCGGCAUCCUUAACGAUACCGGAGUUCAGUUUAUAAACAUAAUAAGAAUAUACGAACAGCUGGAGUACUUCGCGCAGUACCAGCAGCGGGUGAGCGCGCUGAUCGGGGCGGCCCGGACCCAGCAGCUGGUAAACGGAGCCCUAGUUCUCAUCACGCUGGGAGGUAAUGACUUCGUCAACAACUACUACCUCGUCCCCUACUCCGCCAGAUCUCGCCAAUUCGCUCUCCCCGACUACUGCAAAUACCUCAUCUCCGAGUACCGUUCCAUCCUCAGGAGGCUUUACGAGCUGGGGGCCCAUAGGGUUCUGGUGACGGGAACGGGGCCGAUGGGGUGCGUCCCAGCAGAACUGGCGACGAGGAGCAGGAACGGCGAAUGCUCAGCGGAGCUCCAACGAGCUGCCUCCAUAUUCAACCCGCUGCUCGUUCAAAUGAUCAAUGGGCUCAACAGCGAGCUGGGCUCCAAUGUUUUCACCGCUGCGAACGCGUACCGAAUGAAGAUGGACUUCAUCUCCAACCCACAAGCAUAUGGGUUUGUGACAUCAAAGGUGGCGUGCUGCGGACAGGGGACGUACAAUGGGCUUGGGCUUUGCACAGUUCUGUCGAACCUGUGCCCUAACAGGGACGUCUAUGCAUUUUGGGACGCCUUCCACCCCUCGGAACGGGCAAACCGGUUCAUCGUGGAACAGAUCUUCUCUGGGUCUCGCCAGUAUAUGAGCCCCAUGAACCUGAGCACCAUCAUGGCCAUGGACUCCACCACUUGAGUUGCGACAACUGUCCGUCGAAAUAACCCAAUGCACCAGUACAUAAGAUAUUUGUUUUAUAUUGUGGGGGCCGAAGGGUUUUUAUGAGAGUCCAAACACAAUGGUAAAUAGGCUCAAAUAUAGAAAUCUGGGAGGUCCUCCCGUCUUGUCUGCUUCUCUAUUACUGCAUUUUAUAAUCAAUGGAGCAUUGUGUUGUGUCAA